CCUAGUGGCCGGGGAGAAGCCUGUCUGUGGAGGCUGGGGCAGCACGGACAGAAUGCCUUCUCACUACUGCAUCUCGCUGGCCAGCGUGCAGAAGGCUCAGACUGCCAUAAGUGGCCUUGUCCACCGAACCCCUGUCCUCACCAACUCCACGCUGGACCAGUGGGCUGAGCGGAAGAUCUUCCUCAAGUGCGAGCUUUUCCAGAAAACGGGAUCGUUUAAGAUCCGAGGAGCCCUAAACGCAGUGUCCAACCUCGGUGAGAGGGGGCAGGAAGGCCUCAAGGCCCGAGCCGUGGUGACCCACAGCAGUGGCAAUCACGGACAAGCGCUGGCCCUGGCUGCUCGAUUGCAAGGAAUUGCCUCUUACGUGGUUGUCCCUCAAACGGCCCCAGCCUGCAAGAAGGCUGCCAUGCUGGAGUAUGGCGCACGCCUCGUGGAGUGUGAGCCCACUGACCAGUCUAGAGUGGAAACUGCGUCCAGAACAGUUACAGAGACUCAGGGGAUCCUUGUCCACCCCAAUCAAGAUCCUCUUGUGAUUGCAGGGCAGGGCACCAUUGGAUUGGAGAUAUUACAGCAGGUCCCAGAUGUCCAGGCAGUGGUGGUCCCUGUUGGUGGUGGAGGACUGAUAUCAGGAAUUGCAGUUGCCAUCAAGACACAGCACCCACAGGUGAAGAUCUACGCGGCUGAGCCAGAGGCAGCGGAUGACUGCUACCAGUCAAAGCGGAGUGGCUGGUCUCCCCCAACGCGCCACCCUCCUGUGACCAUGGCUGACGCAGUGAAGACCAGCAUUGGGAGCACAACCUGGCCCAUCAUCAGGGACCUGGUGGAUGAUGUGUUCACCGUCAGCGAGGAGGAGAUUCAGCGCGCCACACGGCUCGUCUGGGAGCGGGCGAAGCUGGUGAUCGAGCCCACCGCCGGACUGGGCGUGGCGGUGGUGCUCUCCCGCCGUUUCCGAGACCUCCCCAGCAGCCUCCACAACGUCUGCGUGGUGCUCUGCGGGGGCAACGUUGACCUGGACUCCCCGCAGUGGCUGCGCGCACCCAGUGUCGCCAGCUGAGAAGAUUCCGACCUCUACAGCAGAGGAACGGGUCGGCGUCCGUAAGUGGAGCUCGACGCGUUACUGGUGGCCUCUCCGUUUAACUUACGCUGCCAUAUUUGGGUUGG